AUGUUGAUUUAUGAAAUAUUAUCUGUUAUUGAAAACCCUAUAAUUCCUUUAGAUACGCAAAACAUAAGGGUAGUCAUCGUUGAUAAUGAUGGAAUUGAACGAAGGUCAAAUAUUUUGAGUGGAUUGGAUAAACAGGCAUCUCUAACAGAUACUCGAAAAAAAUUGUCUUUGAAUGAUAAGAUAUUAAUGAGUAAACAAAAUUCUCAUUUUUGGAAUGACAAUAAGUACAGAAUAUCACAAGACGAUGAAAAUAACUAUACUCUCCAAGACAUCUUAAUUCCAAAGACAGAUCAUUACAACUUAUAUGUAGCAGUAGAUCCAUCAAAACCAAAUUUUUUGGAGAUUUCGAAAAAACUUCAACUAAAUAAAGGACGUAAAACUCGCGAUAAUAGCGAUAAUACUUAUGUAAUGGUAAAUAAAUCAGCAUUCACUAUUAAAAAUCCACAUAUGAUAAAUGUGAAUCUUCAGAGUAAGUUUGAGCGUGUUCACGAUCGAGAGAUGGAAGAAUACAUAAAGAUAUGCUAUGAACUAGGAUCUGUUCGAUUGUCACGUAAAGACUUGGCACCUAAUGAGGACUAUGUCAGAGCAAUUGAAGAAGCAUUGGAUGAAAGUAAAAGUAAUGAUGAAAAAAAGAGGAAUUUGGAUAUUGUCGGUGAAGAAUAUGGGUUUUUUUGGUAA